UUGAAAAUUUGAAAUUUUCAACUAUGUGGCCAAUUCGCACAAAAUCUUACUAUCGAUACAUAAUUAAAAUAAUCAUGAAUAAUCCAAUAUAUCUCGCUAGAAAGAUUGUAUGGUGCAAUAAUAUGCAUGUAUACAUUGCGAUUCACGAAGCGAGACGCCAAAACAAUGAGCAAAACUUCUUUGUUGUUUUUGCAGUUUUGCGUCUGCCGCGGAGCGCGUUGGCUCGGCGCCCGCAUAAAAAACCGCGUUCGUUGUUUGACAACAGUCACUAUCAACCGCAGCAACUAGGCGACAAACAAGUCCACAAUGGAGCUCGAAGAAACAUCCAAGGCUUUGAAGCCAAGCAAAGAGACAACAGAUGUUGAAAAUCCUAAAGAUGUUACCGAUAUACCACCGAAAGAUUGUGCUAUAUCCACAUGGGAUAUUAUAUUUUUAUUUUUGUCCAUCGUUACUCAUUGCACAGAUAUUGGAAUUGAUGUUAAUUUGGUAGUUCAAUAUUACUUGAAUAACAAAAUGACAAUGUUCCUCUGGACAAUUACUUUAAUUCUGGUACCAUCUUUUAUAAAUACCAUUGUCAGUUUGCAAAUGUAUGAACAAGAUGAGCAGAAAAAAUUGCAACAUGGUCAACAAACAAAAUCAACCCCUUUCUACAAAAAAAUCGGUAAAUUUUUCACAGUAAUGUUUAUUAUUAUUUUUCAAUUUACCAUGGCUCAGCGUAGCUACUACAGCUUAAAAUGGGCUUUAAAAUCAAAUUAUUAUGGAAGAAAGAAGAACAGAUUAGAGCAAAAAAAGUACUUUAUUAAAAUGCUGAAGGCAGAACAAGAUGUUGCACUUUUAAGGGUGCUUGAGUGUUUUAUUGAAUCAGCUCCACAACAAAUUUUGCAAUUAUCUAUUUUUGUUCAAGAUUAUGAAGGUGAAUUCAGUCUUAUGACUUUGCAUCAAAUAAUAAGCAUCAUAAGCUCUUUUAUAAGUUUAGCAUGGGCAAUGGUGAGCUAUCAUCGUAGCAUACGUAUGGCACAAGUAGACAAAAGAAAUAUAAAUUUUGCUGGAUCUGUUAUUCAGUUUUUGUGGCAUUUACUAAUUACAACUUCACGCAUAGCAUGUGUAUCAGCAGUUGCAGUUUAUUCAUCUAUGGCUGUAAUACUAGCUUGUUUCUUCCAUUGGCUUGGUAUGACAAUGUGGGUAGUAACAGAAUCUAGAGGAUUAAUAACUUUUUGCCAAAAAUCAAAUCGAGUACCUCAUCUACCUUUAACAUAUAUGGAAAGAAUAAAGUCAACACUAUUUUCAUGUGUUUUUGGAUUUGUUUAUAUAUUUAUAUAUUUAAAUCCAGAUGACAAUGGAACUUAUUGGCGACACAUUUUUUAUUAUGCAAUAUGCUUUUGUGAAAAUAUUGCUGCCAGCAUCCUGGUUAUUAUGAGUAUACCAGCUAAUUAUGAAAUAAUCUGGUAUCACCACUUAUUAGCCGCUACAUGUGUUGUGCCCUUUGUAACAGGGAUUAUAAUAAUGAUUUUUUACUAUACAAAAUUUCAUCCUUCAAUGAAGCAUCACACAAUUUCAUUUUCUAAAUUAUUAAGGGUAAAGUAAUUAACUAUGGUGAA